AUGUCUCUUCUUUGGAUCCUGAGCAGCCUGGUCCGCUGGAUACGCCUCAAGAUCUACCAGUAUGAAGUGACCUUCGCCAUCUACAUGCUUACACCCACCGAGAAAUUGGUCUUCAACUCCUUACUCCUUACCCUCAUCACCCUGAUGGCGACCGGAAUCUACGUCUACCUCCCUGAUCACAUUCGCAAAAUUUACGGCCACCUCUACUACUACUGGGUUGGCGAGCGUCCCUUCAUCUCAUCGCGACUAGCAUCAAUGAACUCUGUCUUCGGCGAAGCCACGCAAACCCUCGAAGUGAUGUACGAAACUGCCAAGAACGCAGCCGCGACAACGACACAACGGAUAGCGGAAUUGUAA